AGCAUCUGACGAUAGAAUUAAAAGGAAGCGCACAAAAUCCAAUUUCAAUUUCAAUUACAAAAAGGAUCAGUCUUGAAUAAUAGGAUUUGCGAAUCAACUGAAAAUCGACAUGAAUUUGAAGCGAAUGACCAUUGAUUUCGGCUUGCUUUUGGUGGUGGCUGCUGUAGUUUGUCAGAUCGGAUUCUGCAGCGAAUCGCCGAAGGUUGGAGGGCUACGCAAUACGGUUCAAAACAGUCUCAAGAUUGACGAUAUCGGCCGCUUUGCUGUUCAAGAACAUAACAAAAAUCAGAACUCUUUGAUUGAAUUUGGAAGAGUAGUAGAUGCGAAAGAACAGGUAGUAGCUGGUACAAUGUACCAUCUUACAGUCGAGGCAGUCGAUGGGGGACAAAGCAAGAUAUAUGAAGCUAAAGUGUGGGUGAAGCCAUGGAUGAAUUUCAAGCAGCUUCAGGAAUUUAAAGAGGUUGAUGAUAACCACCCAAUCACAUCUUCAGCUCUUGGCGUUGAGCGUGUUUUAAAAAGAAUGGUUGCAUUCAAGUAUCGAUAAUAGACCGAGGCCUAAAGGUAUCGCUCAAAACAGUUGAUGGUCAUUGAAGAUAAUGCAGAGCCUGGACUGCUUCUGAAGUUAAGGGACGAGAUCUGCAAACACAAUCAUCAUAGUAACUUAGUAAGCGCAUACUUUUAAAAGAAACUAUUAUCUUUAUGGCAUGUGAUCUACUGUGCCUGAAGCUGUUAAAACUUGAUUUGUAUAUUCUUGUUAAAUAUGCCAUAGUUCAAAGGGGGCACCCAUUUAUGAGAA